CGCCAUUAGUUUCAGCGUCGGUUUCGAUUAGCAACGAACACAAACCUACACGAGAAUUUGACCACCUUGAUUUAAAUACGAUUUACUGACGAUCUAAACCUCUGAUUUUGAAGAUAUUCACAAGUUAGAAUAACCUGAGACUGGUCUAAAGGUCUACGAUGAGUUUAGCGUUCAAGACUCCCGAUUAUGGAAAAAAUCGGAGCUCAAAAAGCAAGAAAAAAGAACUCGGUGAAGAACAGAAACAAGAGAUCAAAGAAGCGUUCAAUCUUUUUGAUACAGACAAAGAUCAAGCUAUAGAUUAUCAUGAAUUGAAGGUUGCGAUGAGAGCUCUAGGAUUUGAUGUAAAGAAAGCUGAUGUUCUAAAAAUAAUGAAGGACUAUGACCGGGAAUCAACAGGAAAAAUAGCGUUUGAUGAUUUCAAUGAAGUCAUGACUGACUGGAUGUUAGAUAGAGACCCCCAAGAAGAGGUAUUCAAAGCAUUUAGAUUAUUCGACGAUGAUGACAGUGGUAAAAUCAGUAUAAGAAAUUUACGCAGAGUUGCUCGAGAGCUGGGUGAAAACAUGACAGAUGAGGAACUCAGAGCCAUGAUUGAUGAAUUCGACAAAGACGGCGAUGGAGAAAUCAACGAAGAAGAAUUUCUCGCCAUCAUGACAGGAGACACUUGAUGACUGAAUAUUCUGCCGCUAAAGAUUUGUACAUUUUUUAUUCUUGUACAGUUAUGUUUAACCCAAAAGCACUUUUUCAAAACCCAUGUAAAAAUCACACGACUCAGAAUUGCCCCCAAAAGCAUCAGGCUAGAGUGCACACCAAAUAUCUGGGGAAAACUUGUAAGAAAUUGCACAAAUUUGCACUAGAAACUAUUAAGGUCAGUAGAUCAUAGACGUACGAAACUUUGCAAUAAUUUGUACAAUUUUGUUAGUUUUGUUUUUCGCAGAUAUAGGGUCGAGUGCAUACUAUGUAGAGCGGACGCAAUUAAACCGUGAAAUAAAAUCAAACUAAAUACUAACUAAUAGUAUCUAUUUAGUAACUAAUAGUUGCUAUCACUCAACCAGAACAUUCAUCAUACAAAGACAAAUACACAAGAGACCAUUUGUG